CACUGUCCCACACCACAAAAGCGUUCCUCUCUCACAAUUUGCCACCACCCUCCGUCGGCUCGGCGUUAGCUCAUUCCCUUCCCAGUCCCAAUUCUCCGAUACAAAAAGACCCAAAAGUUCUAUUACCAGAACUAUCGUUUCCAUUUUUCUCAAUCAACAGCACCAAUCGACAAUCGAGAAAUGACGGAGGACAAUGGCGAUAAGCAUUCUUCGGAGGAAGCCUCGCAAACGAGGCCAAGAAAGAAGAGAAAGUGGGAUCAGCCUGCAGAGUCCUUGGUUUCAGCUGGUGUAGCAAUACCUGGGGUCCUGCCGCUGGGCAACAUAGGACCUCUCGAAGUUGCACUUCCUGGGGUGGCUCCAGUCUCCACUGCACUUUUGAAGAAUCCGCUUAUUACUAGCUGUGCGACCAUACCCCUGGUGCUUCAAGCAUCUUCAAUACAACAACAGACUGCAACCAUAGUUCCAAAGCCAAAGAUCCAAGAUGAGUUAAUAGCACGAGAAAUUGUCAUAAAUGACGCCGAGUCUUCUGUUCGCUACAAGCUCACUAAAAGCCAAACACAGGAGGAGAUACAAAAGUGCACGGGUGCUGUGGUUAUAACUAGGGGUAAGUACCAUCCACCAAAUGCGCCUCCUGAUGGGGAGAAACCUUUGUAUCUUCACAUAUCAGCCGGGGCUCAAUUAAAAGAUACCACUGAGCGCAUAAUAGCAGUUGAUUGUGCUGCUGCCAUGGUUGAAGAAAUUCUGAAACAAGGUCCAAAUUUACAGCCAGCUUCUUCCACUUUUCAUCUGACUAUAAGCAAUGGAGUGAAGGCACUCAGCACAUGUGUGUUUUUGGGCUUCGACCCGGAUCCAUCACCGAACAUCGCUGCGCGUAUACGUGGACCAAAUGACCAGUAUAUAAAUCACAUAAUGAAUGAAACAGGAGCAACUAUCUCACUAAGAGGACGUGGUUCAGGGGACCUUGAAAGCACACUUGGAGAAGAAGGGCAGCAACCACUGCAUUUAUUCUUAUCAAGCAAUAAUUCUAAAAGAGUUGAAGAUGCUAAGCGUUUGGCUGAAAAUUUGUUGGAUACAAUCAGUGUAGAGUCUGGUGCAUCUAGGGUUUCAUCAUGUAAGGUUUAUAGUGCUGUUCCACCCCCACAGCAGGUUUACAGUGCUGUUCCUCCUCCACAGCAGUUAUUGGCUGGAGUUCUGAGUUCAGGAAAUGAAGUAGCAUUAAAUGCAGAUUCUUCUGUUGGUUUGACGUCUGUAACUGUGGGCUCUACACCAGCUCCCCCAGUUUCCUCUCUUUUAACCCCUGGGCUCCCUCCUGUCUUUUCUCCAGGGACAGUAUCACAAUCUGGUGGAUAUUUACAUUGUGGGCAGUCUCGAGGAAAAGUAGUGGGCUAUUCCCACCAGAUAGUCUAUGCUGGAACAAGCUAUAGUGGAUAUGGUGGGAUAUAUCCUCAAGCCACCCCAUUGCAGCAAGUUGCUCUGGCACUUAGGCAGUCACCUUCUCCUGUUAAUUCUGGAUUGGAUUCUACAACACCAAUACCAAGCAAAGAACCAAAGUUGAGUGUAAGCUCUGAUCCUGACAAGGAGAAACAGCCUUCACAGAAGCGGAAGUUUCAGGAACUACCAGCUGGCUCAAAGUAUCCAGCAAAACCCCAUCAGGGUUCAGAAUAUUUAAAGCCCUCUGAGCCAUCAGCAAAUUUCGGUGUGAGAAAUGUAUCAACUAUGCCAGCCCCGAAGAAGUUGGUCCAGUCAUUAUCAAAUGGAAUGCUACCACCCCUGCCAAGAGACAUGCCUCCACCACCACCUCCACCGAAAUUUCCAGUGUCAACACAUGCUUUUAAAGGGGAUGUAAAGAACAAUAUUCUGAACAAAACAAAGUCUGACGCUGUAACUGCCGUUCCUGAUACUCUGGUCAAGUUGAUGGAAUAUGGAGAGGAGGAUGAUGACCUCGAGGAGAACUAUGAGGAAUUGCUUAGUGGCAACUCCUCUACACUUAGCAACUCUGGUUCGGUGGCAGCUCGAAAGCCAUUCUGGGCUUUAUAAAUUAUAGGUCAUAUAAAUUGAUUGAUUGUUGGCAAUGAUGACUCAGUUGGAGUUUCUGAAAGUUCAUGCUGAGUAUAGUGUAGCCUUUCCAGGGUGGUCAGGUGGUCUGAAACUAUUGGCACAAGUAUGUUAGA